AUGGCAGCAUACCCCCCUCAGCAGCAGCAGCAGCAGCAGCAGCAGCAGCAGCAGCAGCAGCAGCAGCAGCAGCAGCAGCAGCAGCAGCAGCAGCAGCAGCAACAGCAGCAAGGGGGCUGUUCAGGAGCAGCGGCGGGAGCAGGAGGGGUGGCGUCAGGAUCAUCUGAAUCCAGGGGCGUGGUGAACGUGCACGCGUGGCAGGAUGACGUGGACGAGGACACGGCGUUCCAGCUGGCGCUCUCUGAGUCGAUGCACACUGCCAGCACUGCCAGCUCUGCUCGAGCCGAUGCCCCUGGUCCUUUGGGAACCGCUGCUGCUGCGGCUGCUCAGGGCAUGAGCAGAGGGGAGGAAGGAGCAGACGGGUUUAUUCUCACCCGUUCCUCCUCCGAGCCUCAGUCCAGAUCCGGGCGCUCUCUCUCCUCAUCUUCCUCUUCCGCUGCUGGUGUUGAUGCUGCUGCCUCUGAUGCAUUCACUGCUUCCCAUCGCUCCUCGAGGUCUGUUUCAGCCUCUGCUGACCAGCACCCCUUUGCCCCACCUGCUGCCCCCAUCCCCUCUUCCUCUGCUGCCGCUGGCUCUUCUUCUGGCAUUGCCGCUGGUCCUGCUGCUGGCUCUGCGGCCGGCUCAGCCGGUACAGCUGGCACUGCUGCUGCAGCAGGGGUGGAAGGGGGUAGAAUGCACGACGAGAUUGCGAAUCAGUUCUCAUCUGUGGCACCGGCGUUCAACCGAGCAGCAGCAGCCGUGUCGUCGCUCUUUGCUUCCGGCCCACCAUCAGCACCCCCUGUGGAUGGUCCUGCUUCCACAGCAGGGGCAUCAGUGGGAGCAGGGAGUUUGCCAGGAGCAGCCGUGACAGGCCAGCCAGCUUCAGCAGCAACAGCAGCAGCAGCAGCAGCACCAGCAGCAGCACCAGCAGCACCAGCAGGAGCAGCUCCAGCUUUCAAUGCUAGAGCAGCAGAGGCUGCGGAGGCAAUUGGAACAGCAGCAGGGGCUCUCACGUCAGCAACAGCCGCUGCAGCUGCGACGGCAUGGCAGCGAACCACGGGCCACCGUGCUUCUUUCUUCGACCCUCCUCUCAUCCACUUCUCCCCUCCCAGCAGCCCCGGGCGAAACCCACACCCUCCCAUCCACCCUCAGGCUCAGCCACCUAUCACCCACCAGGUUCAACCACCUAUCACCCAUCAGCACCCACCUGUUUCCAUGAACCCUCAGGUGCAACCACCCAACUCCCAUCCCCAUACACCUUCCAACGUCCCAUCCCCUGCUGCUGCAUCUGUAGCUUACCCUGGUGCGUCGUUUUCGUCAGUAGGCGGCUCAUCUGCCGGGCUUCCUUCGCCAGGUGCGGCAUCUGUAGCGGAGCUACAUCCGAGCUACAACCCUGAGAGGGUGCGGGCAGAGCUCGCCAGGGCACAGAGCCGAGGGCACGGAGCAGCAAGAGGAAGGGCAGCAGGUACAGCGACAGGCGCAGGAGCAGGAGCAGGAGCAGGAUACGAGGCAGGGGCAGAGGCAGGGGUGGGAGCAGGAGUAGCAGCAACGGGAGGGGCAGCAGGAGAGGCAUCUAGAGAGGCAGGGCGGACCCGGCGGAGAGCAGGGCGGACCCGGCAGAGAGCAGGGCGGACCCGGGGGCCAGCAGGGCGGACCCGGCGGACAGCAGGGCGGACCCGGGGGCCAGCAGGGCGGACCCGGCGGACAGCAGGGCGGACCCGCGGACAGCAGGGCGGACAGCCCGGCGGACAGCAGAGCGGACCUGGCGGACAGCAGGGCGGAAAGGGCGGACCGCCGCAGCAGGGCGGCCAGCAGGGCGGACAGGGCGGACCGCCGCAGCAGGGCGGCCAGCAGGGCGGACAGAGCGGACCGCCGCAGCAGGGCGGACAGCAGAGCGGACAGCAGGGCGGACAGGGCGGACCGCCGCAGCAGGGCGGCCAGCAGGGCGGCCAGCAGGGCGGACAGCAAAGUGGACAACAGGGCGGACAGGGCGGACCGCCGCAGCAGGGCGGACAGCAGGGCGGACAGCAGGGCGGACAGGGCGGACCGCCUCAGGGCGGAGAGCAAGGCGGAUCCGAUGGCGGGGAUCAAGGGGGUGCUGGCGGGGAGCAGGGUGGAGCAGGCAGUUCGAGCGUCGCCACUACUCAGAGUGUGAAAGGCAGUGCGAUCAAUACAACAGGUGCCAAGGGUGGAAAGGGAGGGAAGGGCGGCAAGGGCGGAAAGGGUGGAAAGGGGGGGAAGGGUGGCAAGGGAGGAAAGAAGUGA